AACUAUCUGUUUAUGACAGCUGGUGAUUGCUAUUGUUCUCAAAUAUGCUGUAAAUGUACGGUGAAGGCAUUUCAGUCACCGCAGUUGGUGCUUUCCCCUGAGCUAUGGAUGUCAUCAACUGUGAUGCUUGCUGAUCUUUUUCUAAGCAUUAAUUUGUUUUAUUUUCCUCACAAAUCUAGGUUCUAAAGCCCUUUGGAGUGUUUCUUUGAGGAGCGAGUUAGCACAGUGAAUACUCCUCACCAUUCUCUCCUUGACAUUUUUGCAUUAUUGCUCAGUCAAGCAUGAAGCACUUGCGGUCUCAUCACCUCAGGCUGUGACUGCAUCUGAUUCCACAAGCUCGGCAGUAUCAGAUCUUGGGCUUGUUACGUGCUUCUAAGACCAGGGGGAGCUGAGGGUCCUUUUACCUCACAGGAUCCAGCCCUCAGGCUUGGCCGAUAGUGUCCAGUGUAAUUAGAGCUGAGAGGCCCAGUUUUCAAAGCAGCUCCCACUGCUGCCAGGCAGAGUUUUGGGUGCUGAGCAUCUCUGCAGAGCAAACCUGGAGGUGUUUUAGCUCACUCUGUUUGGUGAAUGACAGCUCUGAACUCAUCUAGCUUUCUGAUUAUUGCCUUCUUCUUUUCCAGCUCCUACGGCGAGCUCACCAACUGCACCUUCCUGAUAGCUGAGAAACUGGCUUGCUAUUGGCCGAACCAGCUGGUGGAUGAGUUCUUCAUAGCCAUUCACAAGCACUAUUUCAAAAAUUGCUCCCUGUCUGGGAGGUCUCUACGCGACCCACCAAGCAACAUCCUAUACCCGUUCCUUGUGGUCCCCAUCCUCAUCACCCUGCUCAUGACGGCACUGGUGGUGUGGCGGAGCAAGCGGAGCGAGGGCAUUGUGUAAGCUAGCAUGCCCCAGGAUCUCCCUAAAUCAGUCGAGACCUAUCUUCCUGUGGACUAAUCCCUCUCUGUCAGACUCAGAAAGCCCUUGUGGAAUCAGCAGCACUUGGAAGCUUGGUAACCCUAAGGUAGAAUGUGGAGAAAGAACAGUGCACACUUGACAUUUAACACUGUCCUGACCAGAGAGGUGCGCUGUACCUAUAUAUAUUUCCUCUGGAUAACAACCCUUUAUUCAGGCAGAGAUGACAUGCUUUGGACUAAUGCCACUUCUCAAUAAUUACUCUCAGUCACUGCAGCACUUCUUGCAAACCAAUUACUUGGUCAUUUUAAAAAUCAUUUAUAAAGACAAUUAGUUGAAAAAGUAGAUCUAUAUGUCACGAUUAGUAUUUAUACACUUAAUCAGUAAUCAGCCACAGGAUGGAUCGGGUGAGGUACCAUUCUGUAGACAUCUAAUUGUUAUAAUUUAUUUCUUGCAGAGUUUUGGCUUGAAUGCUUCUGAAGUCUAUCAUUGUUAAUUAA